AUGGAGAAAACUGUUUUGAUAUUCGUUGGUAUUCUACUUCUUUCAACGUGUACACCGAUUCUGGCACGUACUUGUAAGAAGGACUCCGAUUGUGCUUCAGUCACAUGUCCAUCCGCACCACCUGUAUGUUGGAAUGGUAAUUGUGAAUGCCCUCCUGACAAGUAUAGGGCAUUACCUGAUGAUACCAACUGUGGUGUGGGUAAAUGCAUUGACUAUUGCAAAGCAAAAGGAGAAGUAGCUUAUGCUUGUAUUUUGAACUUCUGUUACUGUCGCAAACCUCCCAUGUAG